AAACCUGAGCUACAACAAGUUGACGGAGAUUGAUCCUUCUGCCUUUGCAGAGCUGUUGAACCUGGAGGAAGUGCGACUGGACAACAACGAGCUGACCGCCAUUCCCUCUCUGGGACCUGCUGCUUCCAGCGUCCGAUCCCUCCACCUGCAUCACAACAGGAUCCGCAGCAUUGAAGGAAGUCAGCUGAAGCCCUACGUUUCCCUGGAAACGUUGGACCUGAGUUUCAAUGACAUCACAGAAAUCCGAAACGGCUGCUUUCCACAGGGACUUCACAUAAAGGAGCUGUACCUGGGGAGCAACAGAAUCAGCACCCUGGAGCCUGGUGCUUUUGAUAGUCUGUCACGGUCCCUGCUAACACUUCGUCUGAGUAAAAACAGGAUCACUCAGCUUCCUGUCAAGGCGUUCAGGCUACCCAGGCUAAUACAACUGGAGCUGAACCGGAAUCGCAUCCGCCUGAUCGAAGGCCUGACGUUCCAGGGACUGGACAGCUUGGAAGUCCUGAAGCUCCAGCGCAACAACAUUAGCAAAUUGACUGAUGGGGCUUUCUGGGGUCUAGCCAAGAUGCAAGUUCUCCACCUGGAGUAUAACAGCCUGACAGAAGUAAACAGUGGCUCUCUCUAUGGCCUUUCAUCUCUGCACCAGCUUCACCUCAGUAACAACUCCAUAUCCCGCAUCAAUCCCGAUGGCUGGAGCUUCUGUCAGAAGCUGCAUGAGCUAAUACUCUCUUACAACAACCUAACCAGGCUGGAUGAGGGAAGCUUGGCAGACCUUGGGGGACUGCACGUACUACGUCUCAGCCACAAUUCCAUCAAUCACAUUGCAGAAGGUGCUUUCAAGGGACUCAAAAACCUACGUGUCCUGGAACUGGACCACAAUGACAUCUCAGGCACAAUAGAAGAUACCAACGGAGCCUUUACAGGCCUAGAAAACCUGAGCAAGCUAACUCUGUUUGGAAACAAGAUCAAGUCGGUGGCCAAGAAAGCGUUCUCAGGGUUGGAGGCCUUGGAGCACCUCAACCUCGGGGACAACGCCAUCCGCUCCAUUCAAGCAGAUGCUUUUGCCAAGAUGAAGAGCCUGCGGCAGCUCCACAUCAACAGCGACAGCUUCCUCUGCGAUUGCCAGCUGAAAUGGUUGCCCCAGUGGUUAGUGGAGAAGGAGCUGCAAUCCUUCGUGGUGGCCACCUGCGCCCAUCCCGAGUCACUGAAAAGCAAGAGCAUUUUUGCCAUCCUGCCAGAAAGUUUUGUGUGUGAUGACUUCCCCAAGCCACAGAUCAUCAUCCAGCCUGAGACAACAACAACAGUGGCUGUCCUUGGGAAGGACAUCCGGUUCACUUGUUCAGCUGCCAGCAGUAGCAGCUCCCCCAUGAUGUUUGCAUGGAAGAAGGACAACGAGAUGCUGUACAAUGCUGAGAUUGAGAACUUUGCCCACGUGCGGGCAAAGGAUGGCGAGGUGAUGGAGUACACCACCAUUCUGCACCUCCGCCACGUCACCUUUGCCCACGAGGGGCGUUACCAGUGUAUCAUCACCAACCACUUCGGCUCUACCUACUCCAGCAAGGCCCGACUCACUGUUAAUG